GUCACGAGGCCUGUCCGGAAAAGCGGAAGACGAAACAAAAACAACAACAGCUCGUCGUUGGGAGCGGGCAGCGAGGAGAACCAUUCGGCCACUAAUUUAUCGGCGUCCCCGAAUGCUAAUAGUCGGCAUUCACUCAUAUUCGUAAUUUCAGCAGAGCUACAACGGAAAAAUGUCGAUAUUUGGAAAGUUAUUCGGAACCUCGGGCAAGGGUGGAAAGCCUCCCACAGCCCAGGAGGCGAUCCAUAAACUCCGGGAGACGGAGGAGAUGUUGGCGAAGAAACAGGACUUUUUAGAAAAGAAAAUCGACAUAGAGCUGAUGACGGCGAAGAAGAACGGCACGAAGAACAAACGAGCCGCCCUGCAGGCGCUGAAGAGGAAGAAGCGCUACGAGAAGCAGCUGGCGCAGAUCGACGGCACGCUGUCCACCAUCGAGUUCCAGCGGGAGGCCCUGGAGAACGCCAACACCAACACCGAGGUCCUCAAGAACAUGGGCUUCGCCGCCAAGGCCAUGAAGGCCGCGCACGAAAACAUGGACAUAGACAAGGUGGACGACCUGAUGUCUGACAUCACAGAGCAGCAGGAGGUGGCCCAGGAGAUCUCGGACGCCAUCUCAAGACCCGUGGGCAUCGGGGACGACUUUGACGAGGACGACCUGAUGGCUGAGCUAGAGGAGCUGGAACAGGAAGAGCUGGACAAGAACCUUCUGGAGAUCGCCGACACGGAGGACGUCCCACUGCCAAGCGUGCCCUCUACCUCCCUCCCCUCCAGACCAGCAGCCAAGAAGAAGGAGGAGGACGAAGACGACAUGGCCGACCUUGAGGCCUGGGCGGCUAACUAAGCUAGGCUACCUAAGCUAGGCUAGCCCGCGCCGCGAGCCGCCACAGGCCCCUCCCUGUCUGUCUCUCUGCUGCCAAACUCUGGUUGAGGGGAGGGGACCGUGGGCCGCACCGCUGGCUGGCUCCUCCCCCUCCACUGCCCCCCGACUAUCAAACCCUCCAGGCUGCACUCGUGCCCUCGGCGGCCAUCUUGAAAAUAAUCCCCUGAGAGUUGUUCCCUAAUCCAGAUGCACACUUAGUCGUCCCCUUAAUCCACCGAGUGUGCACUUAUUCUAAGGGCUUCCCGUUGCUCUGGAGGUACUGUUAGACCUUUUAUUUUAUUUAUAAUAAAUCUAGUUAAAAAAGUGUCCUAGUUAGGUUGGAGUGCAUUCUUGAGGAGGGGGGGGGGGCUUGGUACAUGGUUUUGUUUUUUUGGGGGGUGGAGUGAGAAGAAAUUAUAUAUUCCCAUGGGGGGCGGGGGGGGGGGCAGUUAUCCAAGUCCAGAAAAAGACGACGUCACGACUACAUGCCAUUCCGCUGCUUCCUGUGAUGUCAUCUCUGGGCGCCGGGGGCAGUCGGGGCGUACAGAGCUUCCACCCUGACUGCUCUUCUGUCACUUGCUGUCUACCUGGUUUUUCUGAUAUAUAAAAAGACACUUUUCUUGAUCAACUUGAUUUUUUCAUCAUCGUUUGCUGUCCAACCUGCUAUGCAGAAACAUUAGAAUGAAAGGAGGAUCUGGGUUGGGGAGCUUACACAUUAAGGGGAGGGUCCUUGACACAGAGCUGUGUGUGUGUGCGUGCGUGUGUUUUCUCAGCUAUGUUGACUCCUCAAGUGUCCUUGGGCCUUGUAGGAAGAAUCUCAAUAAAAGCCCCAGCAGUUAUUGUC